AUGAGGGUGGUUCUCCCCCUUUCCUUUGUGUGUUUGGAGUGGGCCUUCUCAGCUCAGGAUCUGGCCCCUCCAGCCGGCUUUUGUGGGGUCGUGGGCGAAGCCAAAGCCAAAGAUGCUGAAGAUCGAGAACUGAGGUUGGCCCCUUCCGCUGCUCCUGCCUUUUCGUGCUCGGGCGCACCAGAAUGGACACGUCCUGGCCGAGCUCUCAGGCCUUCGUGCCGCGCCCCCAAGUCGCCCCAGGAAGCCAAAUCUGCACUGAGGCAAAGGAUGAGGGAGACACAGCAGCGACCAGCUAUCGCUGCGGGGGGAAGGUUGAGAUGCUGAGGCCCGGGAGAAAAGGGGAACUUUGUAGAGGUGGAGAUGCGCGCUGGAGUAGGAGACGCAGAGCCUGGUGGAAGGAGCUGACGCCAGAAGGUAGAUGGGCGCAGAAUCCAGAAGACGGGAGUUUGGGAGCAUGGCAAAGGAGGGAGAAGGGUCUGCGUGGAUGGAGCUCCCCUGUCUAGGGUGCCUUGGCUCACGUUCAGGUCUCCCGCAGAGCAGGGAGCCCACCCAGCAGAUUGGAACAAGGGAAAGGCGCGCUCCUCCUGCCUUUGGGCCUCAUCGCAGCUACAAAGGGAGGCAAAAUCCAGAGAUCCAGGAGUCCGGAGAGAGACGGGACCCACGCAGCACCUUCGGGCUCAGCACAAAAGGCACUAGGAAACACCGCCCCCGCGGAAAUCCAGGCGUCCCCGCCCUCCUCUCUCCCUGCGCGCUCCCACAGAUCCCACCGAAUCUGUGCGUCACAUAUUUUGAUUUAAAGCAACUAUAAAUUCAAACUGGGGGGGGAAAAAUCCAAACCUUCCACCUAUGCGCACAUGCCAGGCUCUCUACAGAUCCUUAGCGAGGGAAUCAUUAAAAGGUGGGAUGAGAUAGUGAGAGAUUCAGGCGCUUUUUUUGGUGUUCAAAAAAUAUUUUGAAAGGUAGUGUGUAAUCUACGAGUCUGUGAUGCGUUAGGCAGGGUGCUUUGGGGGGGGUGUCUCUCCCCCUCCCCUUGCUCUACAGAGAAGAGAUUUCUUUGAACAGAAGAAACUCGCCGUGCAAGCUCCUGGAAGCUCCGAAGGAGCUGGCGUUAAAAUAUUAGCCUUCUAGGCAGGUAGCACCGCCUUUAUGUAAGCAAUGCGACUUAGCUGUUGCCCAGUAGGUAUCAAUAUAUGCUUGAGAUAUGGGGGGUGGGGGGAGGAGAGAGACAAGGCCCCAGCGCUGUUUCCCUAGAUCCAUUGUAAAAUACCUGAUUAGGUAAGAUUGCAUCAAGUUGCCUCUGAUCUCCGUCGGCGUCAUUCUUUGCCAGAUGCUGAAUUCGCUUUCGUCGUGAGCAUCUAAGAAAGAACAGGGGGUGCGUCCACACAGCCCGCUUGGGGCAAACCGAUAAACACACGAGGCAGCGCCCGGUGGAGACCCCAGCCGUCAAUGCAAUACAAUGCGGAGUUGGUUGGUUCGGUCUGCAGUUUGCAAACUGUGGGAUCUCACUCCCCUAACAGCCAGGAUCGCAGCUUCGGCGCAGAGCGCUCUCCUGCUCCCAAACUUCACUCUCCCACUGAAAUUAAAGGGACUUGGAAACACGGGGGGGGGGGGAAUCCCACCCUGCCUGCAGGGAAAGGUCUCUGCAUAAUGCGCGGCGCAAAUGCACCGACACGUAUCGUGGAAGCCGCGCGGAUUCAGCGUGGAGCCCGCUCCGCCUGCGCGCUUUUAAAGUGUGUGUUUUAAAGGAGACUUCGACUCCUCGUUGUUGGCUAAAUUUGGGGUCUCUUCUCCCCAGCACUUCUUUAAUCGUGGGGGCGCGAUCCUGGAUGCUGCUGGCAGCUAAGAACGGGGUCCUGGCUCCGCUUUGCGCGGGUUUGUUGCCCGCGGGGACGCGCUAACCAGGCCCAGGCCUUCGAGAUGCAGAGGCAGAUCUAAGAGCCGGCGCGCCCUCGCCCAUUCCGGCGGCGGCGCUCGGCUCUCGGCCGCUUUCUGGCAGCGCAAGAAGCCGGAGAUCCUGGCGCUCCGAAGAAGGAACCGAGAGAGAAACCCGCGUCCUCCCGACGGCACCGGGGAGAGGCAGGCAAGCAGCGCGGAGCCGACGGCGCAAGGUGGCCUGCGCAACCCGCGCGCUCUGCCCGGCUCGCCGGAAGCUUCUGGCAGCCCACCGAAGCUGGAAAUGUGCCGGAUCCAGAAAACGCCGGCCAAGCUCUCUCUCCCCGCCUCGCCGGCUCCCAACAGGACGCCCUGCUUCCCCUCUCCUCGCUGCCGCAAGGUCUCUGCGUUGCGGGUCGGCUCCUCCGCCUACACCAAAGCCGCCGCCGCCACCACAUCGGUCCUUGGAUCUGCUGCGAACUGGUUCAACCGAGAGCCGGAGAGGCCACUCCAUCGUAUCUACCUCCUCCGAGGCCAGCCCUUUGUUUACAAAGGAAGCUCUGGAAAAAAGAACCGUUAA